UCUGUACUAUAUAAAUCUCUCUCACCCAACGUUUUUUCUUAUCUCUCUCUCUUUUUUUCUAGCUUGCUUUGUCGCUCAGAGACUCCUCCUAUUCACCGCCUUCGUAUCUGUUUUGAGCAAUUUCUGACAAAAAACAAAGGAUAUCCUUGGUUACUCUUCUACUUCCAUCAGCCAAGUUUCAUGUCUGAACUCGACUCUCAGAUUCCUACUGCUUUUGAUCCCUUUGCUGAGGCAAAUGCUGAGGACUCUGGUGCUGGGACAAAAGAGUAUGUUCAUGUGCGUGUACAGCAGCGUAAUGGGAGGAAAAGCUUGACUACUGUGCAGGGUUUGAAGAAGGAAUACAGCUAUAACAAGAUUCUAAAGGACCUUAAGAAAGAGUUCUGCUGUAAUGGUACUGUUGUCCAGGAUCCUGAGCUAGGCCAGGUUAUACAACUUCAGGGAGAUCAAAGGAAGAAUGUUUCCACCUUCCUUGUUCAGGCUGGCAUUGUGAAGAAGGAACAUAUCAAGAUUCAUGGUUUUUGAUAGCUGCAGCCUGCAGACCCAUUGCCGUAUGUAGUUUACACCAUCCUCAACACGCAGUAGCGAAUAGUCUGUGAUCUGAACUUUUAGAACGUAGCCAUACUGCAUGUUAUUCUGGUAUAUGUACCUUCAAAUAUAAUAUUUGUGUCUUCUGUGUUAGUUUGCUAGUUCUGCUACUCGCUGUGUUAUGUUGGAGGAUUAUGGAUUUUAACAUUAUCUAUGAUAAAAAUAAUGUCCUGUUUUAUA